GAUUUUCUUUUCCAUCAAUCCCAAUGUUUCCUACUGUCUGUCUAUAAACUCAUCAUUUUCCAUCGACGAGUGUGAAUAGCCAUGUCUUGCUCUUGUACAACAAAAACUCUUCGAUUGUUUAUUCGCCAUGUAGCCCAACUUGAUCUGGCUGCAUCAAGCACCUCCACGCAUCAUCGUCCGAAAAGUCUCAACAUUCGAAGGUUCAAUGCCCCCUCAGUCUCAUAUCCAUCUCCUCCAUACUCGAGAGCAUACUCAUUGGCAUAUUCACCUCAACUUGUCAGAAGCAGUGAUGAAGACGCCCCCAUCAAAGACCAGGAAGAAGUUUCAUCUGCGACGGAAGGACGCAAAGACACUACACAUGACGAAAUUGAUUAUUUAGAUGACUUAUUCAUGGAAAUUACACCAGAGUCGAUAGAUGCCCUUGCUGCGGAGACUCGAUCUGAGUUGGCAGAUUUUCAAUCACGAGAACCAGAGGAAUCGAUUCAAUCAACAGAGACAAUGGAGGGGUUGUGGAUCCAGAGAGAGCCGAUAGACAUAUUUUCAAAACCGUUGAAGAAGGCAAGGUGGAUUACGGACGAGGAAAAAAUCAGGUUUAGAAGCAUCAAAAUCGACAACGCAGUAUCACAUUCUCCACAGGCCAGCACAUCGGAUAAAAACAUGGUAGAUGAUGGUUGGGUACCCCCGAAGCGGAAAAAUUGGAUGGAACAAAAAGCAGCAUUGAAGGAAAAAUUCCCUGAAGGUUGGAAGCCGAUGAAGAGAUUGUCGCCAGAAGCGCAGGCAGGGAUUCGAGCAUUGCAUGCUCAAUACCCCGAGCAAUAUUCAACGGCUGCACUGGCCGAUCAUUUUCAGGUAUCUGCAGAAGCAAUCCGGAGAAUACUGAGAAGUACAUGGGUACCGAAGCCAGAAGAGGAAGCCGACCGGGAGAGGAGAUGGUUUCAGAGAGGGAAGAACAUAUGGGGUAAAUAUGCUGAAUUGGGAGUAAAACCACCCCGGAAGUGGAGAGAGGAGGGGAUAGGUAGGGGUAAACCGGAGUGGAUGAAGAAAGCAGCUCCUGUCCUUACAACUAGUCGACCUGGGAACUCGCAACCUCGAAGGCCAGCGACUAUCAGUCUCGAUGACGAAAUGGAGGACAGGAUCCUUUGAGCAUUAAUUGUUCUCAAAUGUGUAUAAUGACAAUGUAGGAAUAUGAACAAACCCACUUGUAGGAACGGGGCCAUAUAUUGAUCGACAACUUUUAAUUGUCCUGCUACCAUUCUAUUGAUGUUCCAUUCGACAUAUAUCGACUAAUAUUACUCAAUCUUAAAGGCCACGGGCGUCUUUGGGAGACAUUGUCCGAUGGAAUGGCCGUUCCACUGGUGUUCCUUCUUAUCA